GGAACAUGAUCCAUUUUUAUUACUUACACUAUUGAUAGUUUAUUGCAUUUUGGGCCAUGUUCUAGAGAAUAGUGAUGCUUUGCCGCAGAUAUAGAUUUACUUUUGUGGUUCCCAACCGGUUGUACUAGGAAAGAAGAUUAAACCGUUUCGCUUAAAUUUACCUCAUAUUAAAAAAAAAUACCUCAUCAUCCCCUCACAGUCAUCCUGUAUCAUUUUCCCAUUUAAACCCCCAAGACACCCUGAUUCAUUGAGUGUUCUGUUACCCUCUUGGAGUAAAAAGAAACAACCAUAAGAUUCCAAACACGUGACGCCUUGUCCCUAAUCGGCCAGUCUCCGGUCAAAAAAACCCACUCUCAAUUUUUUUUAUUUCCUUUGGUCCCCUUAAAUUUACAAAUAUUUAUUUCCUAUACAUCAAGAGGAAAGGGGGUUCCCCUUUCUUGGAAUGCGGAAACAUGGGUCUUUUUGACCGCGGGGUUCAGAUGCUGCUGACCACGGUCGGCGCGUUCGCGGCCUUCAGUCUCAUGACCAUUGCAGUGGGCACGGACUAUUGGCUCUACUCUCGCGGUGUGUGCAAGAUCAAGAGCAACAACGAGAAUGAGACGAGCAAAAAGAACGAGGAGGUCAUGACCCAUUCGGGAUUGUGGAGGACGUGUUGCCUGGAAGGUAACUUUAAAGGGCUGUGUAAACAGAUAGACCACUUCCCUGAAGACACAGACUACCAAGCAGAUGGGGCAGAGUACUUCCUGCGUGCGGUGCGGGCCUCCAGCAUCUUCCCCAUCCUCAGUGUUAUCAUGCUCUUCAUGGGAGGGCUGUGUAUCGCUGCCAGCGAGUUCUACAAGGCUCGCCACAACAUCAUCCUCAGUGCGGGGAUCUUCUUCGUGUCCGCAGGCCUGAGUAACAUCAUCGGCAUUAUCGUGUACAUAUCAGCGAACGCGGGCGACCCGUCCAAGAGCGACAGCAAGAAGAACAGCUACUCGUACGGCUGGUCCUUCUACUUCGGCGCGCUCUCCUUCAUCAUGGCCGAGAUGGUGGGCGUGCUGGCCGUGCACAUGUUCAUCGACCGCCACCGCGAGCUGCGGCAGGAGGCGGCGCGGAGCGGCGGCGCCGCCGACUACCUGCAGGGCUCGGCCAUCACGCGCAUCCCCAGCUACCGCUACCGGUACCGCCGGCGCUCGUCCUCGCGCUCCACCGACCCCUCGCACUCGCGCGACAACUCGCCCGUGGGCCUCAAGGGCUUCAGCGCGCUGCCCUCCACCGAGAUCUCCAUGUACACGCUGAGCCGAGGAGGGGGGGACACCCUGAAGGGGUCCCACGGGACCCCCACCACCACCUACAACUCGGAGAGGGACCACAACUUCCUGCAGGUCCACAACUGCGUCUCCAAGGACCUGAAGGACUCGGGCCACGGCAACGCGGCCAACCGCCGCACCACCCCCGUAUGAGCCCCCGCCCCCCUUCCUCUCUCACUCACUCACCACGACAUCCCACCAUCCCUCUUCCAGAAGAGCCUCCCACAUACACACAACCCUCCCACUCACACACACACACACACACACACACACACAUAUACGUACAGAACACAUGCCCUCAGCUUGGAGGGAGGAGAUAUGAGAAGAGGAAAAAGGAAGGGAGAGACAUGAACACAGAGUGGGAGAUUGGAGGUUGAAAGCGUAUGCUGAUGACGUGUUGAUAGCUUCCAUGAGUCCCCGAGUCUGGGGAGGCAUAAGAGUUGUUGCAGUGAUUAAAUCAUAAUCAUUCAGAAACAAAAAAGGCACUACCUGUCUCUGCCCAACGUUGAUGAGCUCAUUGUGUGAAGUGGUGGAACGAGAGAGUCGGGCGAGAGAGAGAGAGAGAAGGCUUGCUGACUGAAUAAGGAGGAUAGGCCAUGCGUGUGGCGAGUUUUGAAAAUAUAUAUAAGAAAACAAAAAUAUUUGGAUUUUUGUUUUUGUUUUUAAACUCGUCGCCAUCUGCUGCUUAGGUGUGGGAGGGAUCUCUGUUUGUCCUCCCCGCCUUUAACCUCCAAUCAUCUCACUCCAUUUGAUGACAUCAGUGUAUUUUAUUCUUUUAUACAUGGUUUAAAGGUAUUGGCAUUAAAUACUGUGCCCAGCCUACACCAAGUUUUGUCGAAACAAAAAAGAUCCAUUAUGAACUGAUUAUAUAUGGCUAUAUAAAUAUAUAGAUGUGAAUAAAUUCAACCACAGACCCUCCCUGAUGUAAAACAGUAGGAAAAAGGAAGACAUUUUUGAAAGAAACAAACAAAAUAAACUAAUCAAAACUUAAUAAAGUUGCCAUGGAAACCAAAAGAGCAAAGGCGGAAGGGUGUCAUUGUGACUCAGCUUCUUUUUCUUUUUCUUUUUUUUUCUGGUGACUGGAAGAACGAGGAAGAUGCCAGCUGUGGUCACGUGAACGACUUUUUAAAAAGUAUCCCUUGUCUUGCUCUUUUCAGGAUCUGUCUGCCCUUAAAGUCAACUUUUUAUUAGUUUGGUUUUGUUUUGUUUUGUUUCGGUUCUGUUCUGUUCUGGAAGCCUUGCCCUUUUUCUCUCUUCCACGGGUCUACAGAAACAACGAGCGCUGUCCUGUCCGGUGGCUUCGACGGAGUCACACAACGACUGGUCAGCAGCAGAACCCUGAGCCACCAUCUAACACUGAGAGAGGAUGGAGGGGGAUUGACGGGUCGGCAGCUGAAGGGUUUGCAGGAAUUCUGGGUAAUGGAUCAGGUCAAAGGUCAAGGAUGAGAGCUAGUCUGACAGACGAUGACAGAUCAACCUGCAAGAGGAUUAAAAACUGUAAAAGAGAUCCCACAUGAAUGACUUCCAGAUAAAGAAAUUUACGUGCAUGCUCAACAAAAAAAAAUAAAAAACAAUGAAAUGAAAAAAAUGUACAACCAACCUGCUGUUUGGAAAUGUACAUUUUGAAAAGCGAUAAUUAUAGAUGAUAAA